AUUCUCAAACCCACUUGUAUCACCUUAGAUACUUCUUCCCCCUUGUCUAGAAAACACGAUAAAUACAGAAAGAUCUACAGCACAAAUACAGCGACCUCAAGACUGUUCCCACCCUACAGCAUAGAUCCCCAACCCUGCAAACCUCACCACCCCCAACCCCUCCGAACCCACCAUCAUGCCGCAAAAAUACGACCUCAUAAUCCUCGACUUCGACGGCACCAUCUACGACUCCCACGAAGCCAUCUACACCUCCAUGCAACGCACCUUCCACCACUUCCUGCCGGACCACCCGCUCCCGACCACGCAGCUGACCAACCUCAUCGCCCAAGGCCACAGCCCCGAAGUCACCUUCCGCGCCCUCCUCGACCCCACCACCCUGGAAGCAUUCGACGAGGCCACCUGGAUAACGACCUACCGCGCCCUCUACGCCGAACACGGCCACUCGCUUACAAAACCCUACCCGGCCGCGUACGACCUCGUCCGCACCCUCACGCAGACCCACCGCAUCCCCGUGGCCAUCGUCAGCAACAAGGCCGUGAGCGCUCUCCGGGCCGCGCUGCAGCGCGACGGGUUCCUGGCCUUCAUCCCGGAGGCGCUGGUCAUCGGGGACGGGGCGUUUCCCGGCGGGAAGCGGAAGCCCGAUCCCGCCGGGUUUGCGGAGGGGUUGGUGCCGCGGUUGAAGGAGUAUUUCGCGGUGCGGGGUGGUGGUGGUGGUGGUGGUGGUGGAAGUCCGGAGUGGUUGGAGAGGGAUGGCGGGGUGGAUAUGCGGCGGGUGCUGAUGGUGGGCGAUACGAUUACGGAUAUUCGGUUUGCGAGGAAUCUCGGGUGUCCGGUUUGUUGGUGUCGGUUUGGGCAGGGGGAUGCGGCGGAGUGUGAGGCGGCGGGGCCGGAGGUGGUGAUUGAUGGGUUGGAGGAGUUUGUGGGAACAGUUCUGGGGUAGAGUUCUUGGGAGGGGGUUGCGGGGUGUGUAUAUACUUGGGUUUAGACCUGGACUUCGCCCGGGGGGGAGGUGGAAGUUGUCUGAUCUAUAUAGAGUAGAGGAGGGGGGGAGUUGAUAUAGGUAUGUAUAGAUAGGGUUGUGUUGAGUGAGGGAGGACAAAAAGGUGGGAUUCAUUCAUAGAGCAGGCUGAAACGAGGAGGAUACACUUGCUUGUGAUGUUGGCCUGCUUGUUCGCGCUUUCUUGAAAUAUGUCGAUCUCCUGGUCGAAGUGUUGUCUGAUCCUCUGGUGUGAUUCAUGAUGACACCAGGAUUCAACGGCGAGUCCACGGAUGAACUCGCACCUCCCCGAACCUUAAAAAAGACACACUACUGGGAGACAAAAAUAGUAAAAAGAACAAGGGAAGGAAAAAGCCAACAAC